GUGGCCUCAGGAUACAGACCCGGCGCGGCCGGCCGCAGGGAGUCGCAGAAGGAGCGCAAGAGCCUCGCGGCGUCGGGCGCACAGCAGCCGGACAGCCCUGGGGGCCCGCAGCCGCCAGGCCAGAAGCGGACUCCUAGAAGAGGGGAGCAGCAAGGAUGGAACGGCAGCCGGGGGACAGACGUGUUUGAUAGAGCAGAGCGGAGGUCCUACAGGGAACAUCGACUCUAUGACACUGAGAGACAGGCAGACUGGACAGCGGAGAAGUUUACAGAUGAAAAACCAGUUGACAGGUUUGAUCGAGACAGACCACCGAGAGGACGUGGAGGCCCCAGAGGAGGCCUGAGGAGCAGAGGCCGAGGUGGUCCUGGGAACAGAGCUUUUGACUCCUUUGACCAAAGAGGGAAACGAGAUUUUGAAAGAUACAGUAGCAAUGAUAAAGUAGCAAACAAAAUGGAGGACAGCAUGGGUGGCUGUGGUGUUCGCCCCUGGGGAUCAGGUAAAGACACUAGUGACACAGAGCAACCUGCACCCAUGGAAGAGAUCUCAAUGAUGGAGGAAUCCCAGGGCACCCUGGAUGAGGAGUCUCUAGCCAAAGUUCCUGAGUUGGAGGUAGAAGAGGAAAAUCAAGUCCAAGAGAUGACCUUAGAUGAGUGGAAAAACCUUCAAGAGCAAACCAGACCAAAGCCCGAGUUCAACAUCCGGAAGCCAGAGUCCACAGUUCCUUCCAAGGCAGUGGUGAUUCACAAGUCCAGAUACAGAGACGAUAUGGUGAAGGAUGAUUAUGAGGAUGAGUCCCAUGUCUUCCGGAAAGCCGCCAAUGACAUCACAUCCCAGCUGGAGAUUAACUUUGGUAACCUCCCUCGCCCUGGACGGGGAGCCAGAGGUAGUGCCCGAGGAGGGCGAGGAAGGAUCAGAAGAACAGAAAACUAUGGCCCCAGAGCAGAAGUGGUGACACAAGAUGUCGCUCCCAACCCGGAUGACCCUGAGGACUUCCCCGCCCUGGCCUAACAGCCAUUCCCCUGCAGCAGAGCAGCACUAUGAAGAGACUUUCCUUGCCUCGAGAAGAGUCAGACUCUAAGAACAAUAGAUGUUGCUUUUCCUGUGUCGUGUGAACUUGUUGCACUUUCUUACUCUGUGGGAUGUUAGUGCAGGUUCCCAUGAGGGUCAGGCACUUCCCACAGAUGGAGACUUUUGUAAGGAAUAAUGUUUAAAAUGUGUACAUAGAUCCUAACAGUUCCACCACAGAAGUUCAGAGUAAAGUCAAUCACAAAGUAGGACUGCUGGGCAUGGUGGUGCAUGCCUUUAGACUCAGCACUUGGGAGGCAAGUGGAUCUCUCGAGUUUGAGGCCCACCUGGUCUACAGAGUGAGUCUCGAAAAUCCAAAAAAAAAAAAAAAAAAACAAACAAAACAAAACAAAGAACCACUACCACCUAUUGAGAUGACUUAGGGAGUUAUCUAGGCAAGUCUUUUAGCAUUUCAGGACAUCGGUACAACUGGAACUGUUCAUUUAAAGCAGUCACAGCCUAGUGUUCAUACCAUUCCCCUAUAAUGGUUCAGUUUUGCUGAAGAUUCCAACUUUAAACUGUCAUUGUGCACCAGUAACAACCACUCUGUCAGGCAGAGGAAGUACUGGCUUUCAGUGGUGAUCUAAACUACCUCGUGGAACGUGUUUGUGCGCACAUCCUUAUUUAGUGUAUGUGUGCAUACUUAGUGCUCAGAUGGUUGUUAAGUAUGAUUUAAAAUUGUGUUAUUUAACUCACUAAUCAAAUGAAAAGGCUUCCUGGUACAUGUAUAUAUUUUUUUCUUAAAACUAGUGUCACCAGGCAGGUAGUGCACACCUUUAGUCCCAGUACUCAGGCAGAGGCAGGCAGAUUUCUGUGAGUUUGAGGCCAGCCUGGUUUACAGAGCAAGUUCCAGGACAGCCAGAACUCCAUAGUGAAACUCUGUCACAAAAACAAACAAACAAGAAAACUAUUAUUAAAAUUCAGUACUGUUACUCUGAGCAGACUGACUUAUAACUCAAACCCAUUUACCAGCUGCAAACACCAUGGGCAGGCUCCUCCUCUGGGCCGUGCCCCAGGUCCUGUGUUGCUCUUACCACCUCUGGUGGAGGUUAGGGAUCACCUCAGAGGCUUAGUCAUUCAGCUUGGAGUCCCACCCCAAACAGCUUGAGACCUAGGGCCAAGCUACGAACCCACUGGCAAAAUCAGAGAAGAGUCAUUGUGUGGGGGAGGGACCUGCCAAGUUAUUUAUUGGAUAGCUGUAGAGAUGGGGAGGGAGGCUGGCCUGGUUUGCUUAUGAUGGAACCUUGCUCCCAAGGCCUGUGCUCUCCCCACUGGGCCACGUAGUCUUAGAUGGUAUUGAACUGGAACCCAGGUAUAAAUGAAGGUUGGUGUUCCCUCUGUAUAAAAUCUGAACUCUUGGGGUUUGGUUGAAUCAUCAAAGUUGAACCUCUACACAUGUUACUACCAAGGAUGUUUGCUUUGGGUGCCCUCCUGCUUCUGAUCCCAUGUUUAUUAAAUCAAUGAGUACAAAGGUA